AUGGCAUGGCCGAAUCCCUUUCGGCGGAGGGACGAGCGUACUCGGACCUGCUGGGGCUACACCUUUCAGUUGACCUCGGACCAUCUUACCGCAGAGCAGGCACAUCCUAUGAAAUACACCUAUGAUGUGUUGGGGGAGGAAUGCUAUCAGAUUUUGAAUCAGCUGGAGCCGCAGUCGAGUAAACCCGACACCAUAGUAGCAAAGGCUGAAGCAGAAGAAUCUAUCAAGAGCCCAACCUCCCACCAGCCAAAAUUGAAGCAGGACCUGUACAUCCUUCUGAGGGACAACAAGGACAAGCAUGUAAAACUUCGGCAACUAUGGGACGAAGCAACAAAAGUCCCAGACUGGGUUGACUGGGAUCAAAUCGCCCGUGGCCAAGACGUUUUCUAUCGAUAUGGCGGCGCCACCUUGACCGGUCUGGCGUUUCAAUCCCUCCUCGGAGGCAUGGGCGCCAAUCGUGUAGUUGAGGUUCUUGCCAGAACAGGUGGGUUUUCCGUCAAGGUCGCACGCCACCGGCUUUUUGAGACGACGCAGCACAUUCUCGAAUGCACGAGAUCCAUAGAAUCGAUUCGACCCGACGGCACCGGCUUCGCAUCGACUCUCCGCGUCAGGCUGUUGCACGCCGCAGUCCGGCAGCGCAUCACGAAACUUGCCGAGACGCGGCCGGACUACUACAGCGUCGAACGAUAUGGCGUCCCGAUUAACGAUCUGGACUGCAUUGCAACGAUCGGCACCUUUUCAGGCACCAUCGUCUGGCUGUCUUUGCCUCGGCAGGGAAUCUGGCUCCGCGAGCAGGAGAUCGUCGACUACAUCGCACUCUGGCGGCUCAUCGCACACUACAUGGGCACGCCGACCGAAUGGUUCGAGACACCGGCAAGAGCCAAGGCGAUGAUGGAGUCACUGCUCAUGAACGAGAUCAACCCGAGCGAGACGUCGAAGAUCCUAGCGGCGAACGUCAUUCGCUCCCUGGAGAACCAGCCGCCUACGUACGCGUCGAGGUCGUUCCUCGAGGUCAACGCCCGCUGGCUGAACGGACGUGACCUGUGCGACGCCCUGGGCAUUGGUCACCCGUCGGCGUGGUACUGGGCGCUCAUGGCGGGACAGUGUAUAUUCUUCAUGUCGGUGUGUUACGUGUAUAGAUCCAUACCGGCGCUAGAUCGACGGAAAGUCAAUGCUUUGCGCAACGUGUUCUGGACAAUGAUCGUCGAGGGCAAGUUCGGCUUGGGCCAGGAAACCGUGUUCGACUUCAAAUACAUUCCCGACUACAACGUCCUCACGGCCAAAGGUGGCGACGAAGAAGUCAAGGCCAGAGACGCCAGCGUAGAGCGAAAGUAUCGCAACACACUUCUCGUCGCCGUUGGCUGUGUCGCUCUUGCUGGCUACGUUGGUUUCAGGAUCACGUCGACGGUUUUUGCACGACUAUUUUAA